AUGACUUUUACAUAUGGCUAUGAACUGGAGUCGGGUCAUGUCGUAGUACCACCACUCCUGGCCAAAAAAAUUACGGUCUCAAGUGCAGCCAACACCAACCGAUGGGUCUUCUUUGGCACAAGGGAAGAGAUUCUUCAGUGGAUGCGAGAACAUAACGAUAUCCAAUUGGAAAACUCCUUAUUUGCAUCUGGUCGACCCGUUUCCUUCCAAACACAUACCGAAAUUGUGAUUGAUCUUCAGUAUUUCUACGAUGCGGAACAGUCGUACUACAACUACUUCCGUUCAUUUUUCACCAGCGACUAUAGUGUGGAACGUGUCAAGGUGGAAAUCCGCCCUCGUGUCGACAGCAAGGAUCAUAUUAUUAGUGCUUUGUCCCGUGUGAUUGUGGCCAGCGGUUCCAAGCUGGGUGAGAUUGUCGAUGAACUGGAACGUGAAUGGAAUAAGCCUGCCGCCAGUUACUAUCAGCAAGCCAUCAACACCUUUAGCGAUGACCCAGUCCCAAGUCAUAUCAUCAGCACUGACGCUCCAAUGACGGUCCAAGUAUCCGCUGAUCAAGUCAGUCCGCAAGCUUCCCCCAAUCCUCUCCAGGGACAUGCUUAA